GCCAGGGCGCUCCAGAGCCAUGUAAAGGGCGGCUAUAGAUGCAUGACCCAGAUAGAGUAGUAGAGUGCAGGAGUGAUGGAUUUUGACGAGCGGGUCCCCGUCGGUUCGAACAUGUAUUUGCCCAGUUGCACCUACUACGUCUCGGCGGGGGCAGACUUCUCCGGUCUACCCUCGUUUUUGUCUCAGACCCCGUCUACUCGGCCCAUGACAUACUCGUACUCCUCUAACCUGCCUCAAGUCCAGCCCGUGAGAGAGGUGACGUUCAGGGACUAUGCUGCCAUUGACGCGUCCGGUAAAUGGUCACACCGGGGGAACCUGCCCCAGUGCUAUCCCACCACGGAGGACAUGGUGCACCGGGAUUGUCUGUCCUCGCAGCCCACCAUGGGGGAAAUGUUUGCCAAGAACAAUCCUACCGCCGCUGCUGCCUAUCACCACCACUCCGGCGCGGGCUGUGCGGUGUCCAAUUUCUACGGGAACGUUGGCAGGAAUGGGGUGCUGCCCCAAGCCUUCGACCAGUUUUUCGACACAGCGUACGCCAACGCCUCGGAAACUCCGUCGUCUAACGACUACUCAGGGGACAAAACCGCCACCAAGCAGACAAGCUCCGCCGCAGAACACGCGCCACCGUGCCGGGACACGGAGGGGAAGGAGCCGCGUGAGGAUACCAGCAGCCCGGAGUCCUCUUCCGGCAACAAUGAGGAGAAAUCGAACAGCAGCAGUACGUAUUAAAUCAGCACCCUGGUUAUGAGAGAAAGUUUGCAAUCUAGCGCGCUGCUGUAAAAUUUUUUAUAUGCUGUUUUAUAAGCGUAUAAGGUUUAUAGAGGGCCUGUAGAUUUCCCCCAACAAAACUUUGUUAUAAACUGCAGGAUCACGUGCUUUGAAUUGAAAUUGGCCGUGAAAGACAUCAGGGCUAGUGAUUUUUCUAAACAUUCCCUAAAGUAGAAAAAAAAACACGUAGUAUGACUGUGAAUUGUAAAGUAGGCCUAACACUCCUGGUCGUACAUUCAUCUUUUGAUUAAUAAAUGUAGCCUAUUUUCACGGUUUUCUUAGCGUUAAAAUAGCACUUACGUGUAAUGAGGGUGGUGCCUCUGGUUUAGGGGUUAGCACAUUCGAGCUCGUGCGCUAAAGCAAUCAGGCAGUCUGUGUUUUACACUAGUAUGAUGUUUGUUCCUAAUGUGAGAAAUCAUGACGCUGAUCAAAUAUAAUCUAUUGAUGUGUUAUUACUGUUUAUAUUAUUUUAUGAUUAAUUGCAUUUUGUCUUUAUAUACUAUAGUCUUACAUGCAUGCUGCAAACUGUCAAUGAUCAUGUAUUAGUGUUCAUUCGUAUACAGAACACUGCAUAUGCUAUUUAAUGGUUUCAUAUUGUAAUUUAGAUUACUGCAUAAUUAAGAUGUAGAAAUUAAUGAAGUCAAUGACAAUAUUUUAUUUGGAUUGAUUUGGUCAAUGCGUAGUUAUAGUCUACCUAAAAGCCUAUAUAACCUUGCCUAUAAAUCCUAUAACAUAGUCAUGGAUGAUUUGAGAUAUUUUUAUUUUUAUGUGACCGACAUUCUCUUCUCUUCUAGAUGGACAGAGGACUCGUAAAAAAAGAUGUCCUUAUACAAAAUAUCAGAUCCGAGAACUGGAGAGGGAGUUCUUUUUCAGUGUGUAUAUCAACAAAGAGAAGAGACUGCAGCUCUCUCGUAUGCUGAACCUCACCGACCGCCAAGUGAAAAUCUGGUUUCAGAACCGAAGAAUGAAGGAAAAGAAAUUAAACAGAGACAGAUUACAGUAUUACACCACGAACCCGCUGCUUUAGGAGUGACUUGUCAUAUGCGUUUACAGACUUAUUGACUCGCUUUGGUCGCGUUCCCCUGACAUAUGUGUCAGCAACAACAACACAACAACAGCAAUGGCUGCAGCUGCAACACGAUGCUCAACUGUUAAUUUCAAGUUCGAUGUGCAAUGGCAGCAGAAUCUCUCCUGAUUUCAAACAGUUUGAGAAUGAGCAUGAUUUAACUGACACACUGACGGAAUUUUGGCCAUCAGACUUUGUUUAAAAAAAAAAAAAUCUGCGGAUGUUGUCCUCACCAAGACUAUGUUCUCUUUCUUGUGUAUCCUAAUAUUAUUGUGACACAGAGUCGCCUUAAUUUUCUUCUCACAACGCGGACAGCCUUAUCAGUCUACCAAUGACUGACCAGGAUGAUUUUUAAAAAAAUCUAAAAGCCUCUUGUAAAUUAAGUUUUCGGUUUUUAAGAUCGUACGAGUGGUGACGUGGUAGGCCAAUAUGUUUCCUGUGGCAGUGAAUAUGUGAUGUUGUGCAUUUAAUAAUGGAGGCUAGGACUUUGGUAUGACCAAAUAAUGAGACUUGGGAGGGCGAGAUUGUAAAGUGUCUUUGUUUGUAAGGUUAUUUAUUUUGUAGCCACUGAUUUCCUAAAGAAUACCAACUGUAAAGCUCUAUCGGUAAAAUUAUAGGGAUUCGGUGUUAAAUUGUGUUGACCCCAAACCGUGACUAGGUCAUUCUACCAUUGUAAUAGUUUCAAAACAACAUAUGUAAUCUAGCUGUUUAUAUUUUCUGUACUUGAUUACCACACCUAAUUUGGCUUUGAAUUUGAUGUUAAUGCACGAAAACCCACAAUGAGAAGAAUGUUACCCCCAUACAGACAGAACCAGAUAUAAGCUUGUUUAACCUCAUUGCUGUAGCCUAUAGUCGAAUUGUUGCAUCGCGACAUUCCUGUAGAUAAUACAGGUAAUGUACGCAACAAGGCCACAGUCUUUUGAUACCCAGAUUAAGCAAAUAUGCAUCCAGGUUUUGUUCAAAUAGGACGAAAUAUUUUUUCCAUUAUUCACAGGUCUUCUUGUUUUUCAUUGAAGUAACAUGAAUGCUAAAUGCGUUUUGAAAUGUACUGUCAGGGACAUAAUCUUGGAUCAACUGCUUGUUAUGCCCAACAUAUUCUGUAUUAUCC